AUGUUGGAGUGCUCUGGGACGAGUGAUAUUCCGAAACCACCUCAAUCCGAUUUUGCUUAUUUCUUCACUGACGACGGGCAUCUGCAGCACAGAGAGACCUUUAAACCCUACAGGUUUACCUUCAGACUAAAUGAUAUCAGCGAAACUGAUCGGGAACAUCAAACUCUUUGUCAGUACAUCACCCAACACGUCUACCAACUCUUAGAACACAAGUUCCAUCUCCAGAGGGUUUAUCUCGACCAACAGAGCUUUGUAUUCAUGAGUCUUGGAGCACUAGAGCAUGCUGGGAGUCUUGUGGUUCUGAUCCAGGACUGGGGCACAAUGCGGAGUGGCGUUUGGAGUUGGAAGGUGGUUGCACAUGAAGGACUGGAGCGAGGCAGUCAGAUUCCGUACCUGCGAUGCGCUCUGCUGGAAUCUUGCGCCAUUAUCCUAAUGAACCCCAAUGAAGGUGGACAAGCCCUGGAACAGCACGUCCAGUCAGUCUGGGAACGCUUGAUUUCGAAGAGUUCUGCCGAGCAUGUCUUCGUGGUCGCCCAUGGAUAUGGCGGACUGGCUUUUGUAGAUCUGUUUUGCCAUUGGCCAGAAGAGGUUGAGCAUCGUGUGAAGGCCGUGGCGUUCUUGAACUCAUCCCAUAGCGUGUGGCAUCAGCCCUUGGGCAAGGCCGGGCGUGACUGGCUGAAAUCUCACUCCAGAACUUGGAUACUCAGCACCAAACCCUUGAAUCGGUCUGUAGGUUCAUUGAAAGCAGGUUGCCCACAGAUUUCAGCAGGAACACAAUGCCACGACUCAGCACCUGCCGUCUGCAUGGAGUCUGUGUUUCGCUUCUUUGCCAAGAUAAUGAAACCAAAACCAAUGGCGACUCCCUUACAAGUCAUCACUAGGAGCAAGAGCCGAACCAGCGACCAAAAUAACAAUUAA